GUAAUUUUUUUAAAUUUUUUAAUUUAAUUUUAUUAUUUAAAAAAAUUAUUUUAUAUAACGUACUCGGUUUCGACGCCGUGCGCGCAACCUAUAAAUGGCGCGCGGAAGGCUAUUUUGAGCGUUAAAUUAAAAUUACAGUUCCGGAAGUUAAAACUUGUUUAUACCAAAUUUUCUCCUCUUUAAGGAUCUUUUUUGAAAAAUACAAAAGUAUUUAUAGUUUACAAACUAUAGGCGAAAAACCAAACACCAUGUUUUUGAGGUGUUUAAUUGUUUAUAACUUUUGCAAUUUUUUAUGCACUGUAAAAUUAUUUUUUACACAUUUAUCUAGACCUUAUUCCGAAUCGAAUGAGCUAUUGAACAUAAUUUUCGUAAUAGUAUGUCCCAAAAACACGCUUUUGAACUUGUUGAUUAGACUAAACUAUAUAACUGAAUACUGAAUGUAUCUUACUCAAGCAAGUUCUAGAAGAUUUAAUUCGUAAACCUACUAAUCACAUAUUGAUUUAUGAAGCCUUUUUGUUCUUUUUAUUAUAAUACAGAAGUUAAAGUGAUAUAUUUGACUUUAUUCUGUUGACCAAAACCACGCUUAUUCAACACGAAAUACAUAAAAAUCAUGGUUGGUUUAGGUCAAAUUUUCUUUUUAAAUAACUGCCGAUUUUCGUAAUUUUUUUCGGUUUUUUAGUGUUCUCGAAAAUUUGACUGUGUACGGGUCAAACGGAUCUCAGAUUCGGAUUCAGCGAGUCGAAAUACAUAAAGAUAUACCGGUCCCGUCAAAAGUACUAACAACUUUUUAUUUGUGUGCCGGUGAAAUUAAUACUAUUAUUUAUUUUUGUGACCAAUAAAUUAUUUGUUUAUAUUAUCACUUAUGUUCAACUAUUGUCGAAAGGAACGUUUCCGGAUACCUUAUAUCUUCUCAGUUUUGCAGUGUAUGACAUUUGAUGACUAAUUUCAUUAUUUGUUUACUAGAUUUUUACAUUAAUUUAUUAAUUCUACUAUAAUAUGGUUAUGUUUAUUUUUCAAAAACGUUCACUACGAAAUUGAAAUCUGUUUUAAUUUUGUAAAAUUGUAUGGUAAAUUCUCGGUAACAAAUUAAUUUUAAAUUAUGUCUUUCUAUAAAUAAAUAUAUACAAAUAUUUUAUACACUCAAGAAGUGCCGGCGUGUAUAAAGCCUUUUUCUUUAAAUAAUUUAAAGCUAUAUACAGCAGCAAGCCUUCUUUGGUUAUAUUAGUUAUAAUGUCAGACCUUUUGGCAUUAACACUAUUAAAACAAUCACUGGUAAGGUUUGUUCCCCAUAUAUAAAUGUACAAAUUUUUCAUUACUCUAAUUAUUCUUAUUUACAUCAUACAUAAUACAUUUCUGGAGAGUGGUAUGGUUCUUUUUAAAAUAAAAUUUAAAAAGUCGAAUAUAUAUUCGAUAAAAAAAGAGGUAGGAACUUGAUUUUAAUUUUGAGAAUUGGAAUAUCUCAAUUGCAAUAUAAAUGUCGGAGUCAAUUAGUGAAAUCCGUCAUUCCUUGAAAAGCCUAGUCAUUUCACGUAUUGCCGGCUAACAUCGUAACUAUACAUUUGGUAAACCGUUUGCCUAAUGGUUUCAGGCAUUCCCUGUAAUGACGGAAUCGUUUCAGUCAAACUAAAUGAUUUAAGUUACUCGGUUUGCCGGGUUUAGUCGAACGCUGUAAUUGUUGUUAACAUCCGUGAGUGUUUUUUCUGGUGAAAACUAAAAUGUCGAAGCAUUCAGAAUUGUUUUAUAAGAAGUUAGAUGACUAUUACUCCAAUCGAAGAAAGAAAAAACCUUGGAAUAUUGCGGAAUUGACGAAGAUAAGUUGGUUUUUAGGAUUUGAAAUCUAACCUCAAACUACUGCAAUCUACAAAAUCACUUCAAAUCCGUACACUGUUGUCAAGUUUAACACGGUUUUAUAAUUAAUUUGCUUGAAAAAAAAAGAUUUUAUUGUCUGCUUUUUCAUUGAGUUUUUGAGCAUGUAGAUUUUAAUUAUAAAACGGGUAUUAUAUUUUACUUUGUAUUCUUUUAGGUCGCCACAGAAAUUCUGCGAACUAAGCAAACUUCUGGAAAAAAAAACGAGAAGACAGUAUCACCUUUUAUCUUUAUAUGACGUGUUGGAAGUGGAAGAAGAAAAAAAUGGUUAUUAAAAUGGACAAACAUGAUGAAGGAAAGUAUGUUUCACUGGUUAGUUACGAAAAAAUAUUUAAUGUUGUUUGUGAAGCACACAUAAAUGUUGGUCAUGGCGGUCGGGAUAAAAUAAUACACAACUUAAAAACAAAAUAUGACUUUGGAAGAUAUGCAAUAGAAACAUUGCUCGAAACAUGUGAAGUUUGCCAAAAGAAAAAACAAGUCUCAUGCAAAUUUGACUAUAAAACCUAUUAUUUCAACAAACUUUAACUCUAAAGGACAAGUGGAUUUUUAAUCUUACCCAGACAAUGAAUACCGUUGGUUCCUUAAUUAUCAAGAUUACCUAACAACAUUUUUAUUUUUACGUCCUCUUAAGACAAAAACUGCGAAUGAGGUAGCAAACGAACUGCUCAAAAUAUUUUUGGAAAUUGGUGCACCUAGCAUACUCCAAAGUGACAAUGGUCGAGAAUUCACGGCAUCUGUGAUAUCGGAAAUGGUGAAAAUUUGGCCAUUUUAAAAAUUCUUCAUGGUCGACCAAGGCAUCCACUAUCACAGGGAAGCAUAGAGAGAAGCAAUCAAGAUGUGGAAAAUAUGCUUAGAGCGUGGAUGUACGUUCAAAAAACGGGUAACUGGGCUGUUAUUUCGUACAGUUUCAAAGAAUAGUUCCUCCCACAAAGUAAUUGGACGUUUACCAUAUAAAGCAUUAUUUGGAGCUGACCCUAAAGCUGGAUUUUCUCCUUUGAAUCUACCUAGAGAUUUGCUGGAUAACUUGGAAAACGAAGAUAACUUGCGUAUGUUAGAACAACAUAUUGAAAAUGAAAACCUGCAAGAAAAAUCACAGUGUGAUGAAAUAGAAGAACUACAUGGCAUUGGGGAAUCGGUUGGUGAUCACAAUGAUGUUGAGCAUGUUGUUCACUUGAUUGCUGAGUAUCAAGAAGAAAUAAAAACAUUGGUGAUUACCAAUGAAAACACAGAAGAAAUAUUUAGUCAGGAAGAAGUUACGUUAUGCAUUACAUGCCCUAAAGAUGGAGGUAAAUGUAUAUUAUGUCAAAAUACAGCAAUAAUUGAAGAAAACAGACAUGAUACAAGCCGGUGCCAAAAGCGAGCAGCAGAAAAAAUGCUGGAAAAUACUACAAAAAAACUUCUACCAAUAAAUAUAGGUUCGUGUGUCCUUUUACCUAUUAAUUAAAUUGAUAGAGGUCCUUCUGACAGGCAAAAUUUGAUGUGUGUUGUAACAGAUUACAAAAAUGGGGUCUAUCAAGUCGGAUGUUUAGCUGGUCGAAUCAAAUCAUGGUUCAAUCGACCUGAUUUAAUGGAAACCAAAAAGGAAUUUCUUCAAGUAGAUGAGGUCCCUAAAAAGUUUCUAUCAAUACGAGAAGGUGUGCAGUCGCUGUCACUUUCCGGAGGUUAAGGAUACUUUAACUGUUCAUGUAAGCCAGCGAAAAAACAAUGUUUGUCAAACAGAUGUGUUUGUGUGAGAAAAAAGUUCUUUGUAAUUUAAGGUGUCAUAAAAGCGCACCUUGCGCUAAUAAACCAUAUUAUCAGUCAUUUUAUAGUUUUCAUGUAGCUUUUAUUUUAUUUAUUAAUAAUAAUAAUACUCUCCCUAAUUCACCCCCUUACGAGUGAAUUUCAACCCCUAAAGUCGACUGAACGACUUGUGUAGGGGAAGGGACGGAUAUUAUUAUUAUUUGCCGUGGCGCUCCGGGGCGACUUAAAGAUGAUUGAUGGUGCCAUUUGAGGAAAACCCAGAAAACUUCACCCACCAUCAUAUAUUAUAUUUCGUUCCAAUGUGUACGUUCCAUGAUUUUUUUAUAGUAUGUAUGCUCUAGAUAGGUGAAUUUAAUCUCAGAAUGAUAUUUUAUUUUUUUUGUCCAAACCAUUCUCCAUACUGACAAUAAAUGAGUUUAUGUUUUAAAUUUAAUACUUAAUACCCUUUCCUGUAUUACUGGCAAUACUGUCCUAAUUACAAUGAUUGACUAAACCCGGCAAACAGAGUAACUUAAAUCAUUUAGUUAGUUACAGCGUUUGACUGUAACGAUUCCGUCAUUACUGGGAAUGCCUGAAACCAUUAGGCAAACAGUGUAUCAAAUGUAGAGUUACGCUGUUUGCCGGCAAUACGUGAAAUGACUAGGCAUUUCAGGGAAUGACGGAUUUCACUAAUUGACGCCGACAUAAACAUUUCAAUCAUUGUUUCAAGAACCCACAUCACUCUAAACCUUUGGCAAUGAUUAUGUACUUUCUUGGUUUUAUUGCUCAUACUAAAACUAUUAUGAUGUUUGUCUUUACUGACAGAUUUGUAGACCUAAAUUUAGUUUUAAUCCAAAUGAAAUUCGUCUUAUUCCAUAAAUCAAAUUGUUUAUACAAUAUCCUGAUGGGUUCGAGUUAUUUUUUCCCACUGUUAUACUUGUAAAUACGGCGUAAAAAAAUGUAUCCUACGUUUUCAGUCUGUUUACUCCUUUCAGGAAACUUUUUAAAUGCAUCGUUGUAUACAAAUUGAUUUAAGUACAUAGCUUUAGUAUCACAAUUCAUAAUAAAUAAAUACUUUAAUUACUAAAGAGGUAGAUUUAAAAGAUAACUAAGUUCUGACUUGAACAAGCCCUUUUUCAUGUUACCAGUGCUGCCACUAUCGACACUAGUACAGACCAACUGAUAGUUACUUUUAGUCCAUUGCUGGCAAGAAUAACCGUCGGUACUUCUUCUUCUUCUUUGUGGAUUCGAUGAAUCGGAUCUUCUUCUUCUUUGUAACCGUGGUGGGUUCUGUUGUGAUGCCUAGCGUGUUUGUGGAAACAUAGUUUGUCCAUGUUCCGUUGAAUACCGUGACAGUCAUAAUCUUCAAAAC